AUGACUGUUUUGGGACUAAGGCUAUUCCGGCAGAUGAAACCAUCGUUAGCUUGUUUUCGACAAACAGAACAGACGGUUAGGAGGAAAACUCGGGAUCUUGUUCUGGCAGUGCUGAGAGCUACUGCUACGAAACGUGAAGCUCGCCAGUACGUUCAAAAGUACUCGGGGGAUGGUCCCAAAAGAGUUUCCAUUGUCAGAGUAGGUGGAACUAUCGACAGUAGGUUGGGCUGGACACUUGCCCAGAUUAAGGCGCUAGGAGCUCACCCAGUGGUGGUUUUAGAUCCAUCUGUUGAGGCCGAGCGCUUCAUCACAGGCACCAACUCUUUUGAGUCCUGUCAAGAUGCAUUAGCAGAGAGAGCCGGCGAUCUUUGCAACUCAAUUGCCUCAUAUAUGGCCACUGCACGUCCUUUGCUUGCUCCGUUUGAUUUGUCCAUCAAACAUGGCUUGACUACGCAGCUUCCUCGUCUAUGUGGACCCUUGGAUCUAGAUAUCAUUCCCGUGGUUACCCCCAUCACAUUUGACCAGGAAAUGGCGGAGUUUCGCUUGACAGAGGGCCACAAAGCUGUCAAAUCUGUUGUGGAAGCAUUCAAGUCCGCACAAAACUACGCGCUGGACAAGAUCAUUUUCAUUGACGCCGUAGGCGGUUUGCCCUCAAUGACCCGUAUGGCAUCCCACGUUCAAGUGAAUAUUCGGCAAGAGCUAGGUGACAUUACCUCGGAAAUUCGGGGCUCUAAUUUGGAUGCUAAAACUAAGCUGGCGCACUUGUCGAACCUGAAUUCAAUGAGCGUUCUUUUAGGCAUGCUUCCUCCGUCUGUUACUGGAAUUAUCACCUCUCCAACAUCAGCCGGAGAAGUAAUGGACCGCAAUCCCAUUGUGUACAAUAUUCUGACCGAUAGACCACUGAUUUCAUCUUCCCUGCCUUUCCAGCUGGGGCGAACGCAGCUAGAGACUACAGUUUUGAGACAGGGGACGCCUGUUUUUGUCCAUGAAGAUGCCGAUGGAUUAGAUCUUGAAAAGCUCGCCAAAAUCGGCCGAAUCAACCUAGCCAAACUUGUGCGCCUGAUUGAACUCUCUUUCCAAAAGACGCUUGAUCUGGACCAUUACCUCGGCCGCAUCAAAAACAACGUGGCUGCUGUUAUUGUCGUGGGUGACUACGAGGGUGCUGCCAUUAUCACAUGGGAAAAAUCGCCCAUCACUGGACGCAAAGUAGCCUACCUCGACAAGCUGGCGGUGCUCCCGUCAUCACAGGGCGCUGCUGGCGUGGCCGAUAUCAUUCUAAACCGCAUGAUCAGGUCCCUGUUCCCGGAGGAAGUCAUCUGGCGUUCGCGUGCCAACAACCCAGUCAACAAGUGGUACUUUGAACGCUCGCGUGGAUUCCUCCGCUUGCAGAACCCCCAUUGGGUCAUGUUCUGGCAUUGCACCACGUCCAGGCCUCCUAUCCUGGAAUACGCAGCAAUCUGCGGUGCAAUUGAGCCGUCGCUUAGAUCCGAAUAG